AUGUUUGCGGUUCCGGCUAACCCACCCCGAGAACUGCUCUACUCUAAGGAUUUUAUCCAAAACGUCAAGGGAUUUCUCCGAUGCCUUCACAAAUUGAUGUCCCAUCCGAGAGCGAAGCUUCCCGACAACUACUCUAUCCUAUACAGCUUGAUAUGCUAUUACACAGCAAUAGUCAAUGCGCCAAAUGUUCCAUCAAGCAAGGACAACAUUCGAUUGUUUAAAGAAGGCCUCAAGGUGUGCGCACACUACGAAAAUAUUGUUGCAAGAGCGAUUCCAGGAGGGAAGACUGUUGCUGAGGCUCUGGCUGAGAUUGCGGAGGAGCUACGCCGCAACAACAAAUAG